UUCCUCCUCCAACCAACACCCCGCACCUCCCUCUGGCCCCCAAUCUACAUCCUCUUGGUCCUCUACAUAUAUAUAGUGUAUCUAUAUAUCCAUAUCCAACUGUCCUUUAACCCCCCAAGAAAAAAAAACAGUAUUGUUUCAAGAAAAUAUAGUUUUAACUAAUUGGAAGUUUUCUUGAGUUGGGGGUGAGCUCAAUGAACCUUUAACUUGAUGAAUUUCCUACCAAGAUGCUGGAGUUACAGUGAAACAAGUGAAAGUAGGGGAGGUGAAAGUUCAAGUUCCAAUUCCAAUACCAAUGGUGGAUUUGGGAAAGAUGGGUUGUUGUGGUUUCAUGAUAUUGGAAAGUACGGAAGUGGGGAAUACUCAAUGGCAAUUGUGCAAGCCAAUCAGGUUUUAGAGGAUCAAAGUCAGAUAGAGUCAGGUCCCUUUGGAACUUUUGUUGGAGUCUAUGAUGGUCAUGGCGGCCCUGACACUGCUCGUUAUGUCUGUGAUCAUUUAUUUCGACAUUUUCAAGCAGCAUCAGCUGAAGGAAAUGGUGUCGUUACAGCGGAGACAAUUCAAAGGGCGUUUCUCGAGACAGAGAGAGGGUUUACUUCUCUUGUUUCAGAAAACUGGAAUUCUCGACCACAGAUGGCGACAGUGGGGUCAUGCUGCCUGGUUGGAGCUAUAUAUCAGCAGACACUUUUUGUAGCAAAUCUUGGUGACUCUCGUGUAGUCCUCGGAAAGAAGGUUGGAAACACUGGGGAAAUUGCUGCCAUACAGUUAUCAACGGAGCAUAAUGCCAACAUUGAGUCUAUUAGGUGGGAGCUAAAAGACUUGCAUCCAAAUGAUCCACAAAUCGUUGUUCUUAGACAUGGCGUUUGGAGGGUAAAAGGAAUAAUUCAGGUCUCAAGAUCCAUUGGUGAUGUAUAUCUUAAACAUGCCAAGUAUUGCAGGGAACCAAUAAAUGGAAAAUUCAGAGUUUCUGAACCCAUUAACAUGCCUAUCCUGUUGGCUACUCCAUCAAUUUUAACACAUCCUCUACAUCCAAAUGACUCCUUCCUCAUAUUUGCUUCUGAUGGUCUAUGGGAGCACUUGAGCAAUGAAAAGGCCGUUCAAAUUGUGCAGAGUCAUCCUCGUAAAGGAAGUGCAAAGAGGCUUGUUAAAGCUGCUCUCCAUGAAGCUGCCAAAAAGAGAGAGAUGCGAUAUUCGGAUCUUCGAAACAUCGACAAAAAGGUCCGGCGUCAUUUUCAUGACGAUAUAACUGUCAUUAUUUUAUUCUUAAACCAUGACCUCAUAUAUAGAGGCGUUGUGCAAGAUCCUCCACUUUCUAUACGUAGUGCACUAGAACACUGAUUGUUGAAGGAAUCAAAUAUUUUUGAGGUUUUUGCACAACACCAAAAUUUUCCUUGAUAUGCGGCUUCAGGAGCAGCUAGCAUCAGUGAAGCAACUACGCUGUAUAGGAGUGCUUUUUUUCCUUUGAAGAGGCUUAUAAUUUGAAUUGCUCAAACCUUGUGUAGAUGGAGUUCAAGAAUAAUGCUAAUUUAAAAGUUUUGGAUACAGUCAACCUCUAUGUAACAGCCUUCCUUCAUUGUUAAUUUAUUUUGUAUACCAGUUUUUGCUUCUGUAUUCAGAAGUUUUUUGUUAAUUUUUUUUGUAACAUCGUUGCAAGAAAAAGUUCGCCACAAGAUAAUUAUGGCACUUUUGAACUCGAAAGACGAUUUUGUUGUGUUCUUAUUAUUUAAUUGGCUGGUCCCCUGAUUACAAGAGAAAAUAGCUUAUUUCCCUUUGAAGAGAACAUUUAUUUGACCA